AAACGUUUUUCACUUAGUAUCAGCCUUGCAGUCUAUUGUUCUCUGAUGAGUCUGGAGUUUUAUUUAAACGGAUCAAGAAAGUCACGUUUUUUGCUACCCUGCUCGAUUACCAGCCGCUGUUCGGAAAAGGAGCCCGCGCUUUUUAGACUACUUCCCCCGAAUCAGGAACAGUACGUAGACCAAGCGGCGGAAGUCGAACCUAUCUUUUUUCCUGGGCGUGAUGCGCCAAUAUUGCCACUUGCCAACACUUGUCACUCACAAUCAACAUUAGAAGCCAGCAAGCUUCGACUGUAGAGGAAGUCUAUAAGUCACAGGCAGCGAAAGAUAAGCAAAGAGUGGGCCGACAAAAUUUGUUUGAUUCUGCCGAAAAACAAAUCUUGCAUGCCGUCACUCAAAAGUCAACAAACUAUUUGUUAACAGCAAAAUGUUCAUCACGCACGCAAGAAAUUUUAAAGACACCUUCUAAAAUUAGUUGAAAGAUAUGUCGCUUGAAUAUAAUUGGCUUAUUACCAGUAGUCGCCCAGUCCCCUGUGGGCGAGAAACGUGAUCAUAAAAUUUCGAACAAUUCGGCACAUACUUGUGGGAAGGACUUUGACCUGAGUGCAUCGGUUAAUGAAAUUAAAAAGCCGCAGACUAUACAAGAAUCAAUGUUAGGUUUUCUUCUGACGCAAUGAUGCUUGAAGCAACUACGUAAUAUUGAAGAGAUGGAAAGACCCUUGUUGACCCGUCUUUUGUUGUCGCUUGUUAUUGCCAAUAAACCGAGUUCCAUCGUCCAUUGCGUCUGGUCGCCCCGUCAAUGGUUUCACCACUGAACUGGUUCAGUCAUCUUUCAGAGAAUAUUUUAACGUUUCCUAUGCGUAUUUCAGGCUAUUAAUAUUUCGGGCACAGAUAAAACGAGAUUACAGUUGCAGCGCGUGACAAUCUUCACGUGUUCGUACCACGACAUUCCAAAGCCAUGCACAGUAUCGCAUUUCAUUCCCGGUACCUCAACCGAGGCUGAGAUCUCGAACAGGGCAUAUCCAAAACUAAAAUAAUCUAACAGCAUGGCCUUAAGAGAGAAUUCCGCUUCACGAUUCAUUUCUAUCCACGUCCGUAAUCCUCGCACCCACUUAUUGCAUGGAUGGCCAGUUUAUACGGACUAUGAGAUCGUAGUUCUGACAAACAGCAUGAUCUUUGCAAAGCAAAGUACACAAGUCAGAAGACGGUUCUCGGAGUUUGUGUGGUUGUGGAAACAUUUGUCAAGACAUAGUUCGCUUGCACUCCUAACCCGAAUCACGCAAAUUCUCGCGGACUCUGCGUUCCACCUAUUCCUUCAAAGCACUCUUACAGUAAAAGAGAUGGAGGGUUUCAUCAGUGGAAAAGACAGUCGGGAACUACUGGACAUCAUUGAUCCACAAGGUAUUGCUCAGUAUCGUGAAAACAAGGACAGGAGAUGUACGUGUCACUCCACGGGAGACAGCGGCUUCUCGGGCAGUGUACAACCUGACGACGCUGAAGAAAAGAGAGGCAUUCUCGAUGAUGUUUCGAGCUGGGUAGCCUCGCAGCAGAACUAUGUAUCAAGUGGCCUGAUGGGAAAUGGUUGGAGUUCAGGGUACACCUGUCAAGCGCUACGAAAAUCGCGAUCGAGCUUACAGCUUCGGGCGCACUGUCCAGAUUGCUCGGAAAAACAGUCAAACCCGCUCAACCGAAGACUAAGUCUUUCUCACAACGUAGCAUCUGUGUUGCCAGGUGGACAAUUAAUGAUUGCCCCCGCGGGUGUGAAAAACCCCAGGGGCAGUGAAACAGUUGGCGAGAGUAGUGAUGGCGUAUCAGGCGAUUCCAAACAUUACGAAGGCGAUGACGAGACGGAAUUUAAUUUGUCAGACUAUGAGGUUGUUAAAAGUGAACCUUUUAUCCGAGUGCGGGAUUGGCUAAACUCUCAAAAUGAAAAUUCCCUUGCUGGUGACAGAUACGACAGUAGCGAUGACGAGCAAGACACUCUAGCGGCUUGUCCAGACGAUGUGCGCAUGAAAGAUUACGACAUAAUUAGCGUUCCUUGUUCUGGUAAAACUAGCAAGUGUCCAUCAGCAACAAGUAUGGGUUACUUGAGCAACGGACAAGCGGAAAGUAUGGCCGAAAGCGAGGCUGACAAGCAAGAGGACGGAGACAAUGACUCAGAAUUUACUGUUCUUCAUUCUUCAAUUGGUGGCCUUGAUUGGAGAGACCGAGAUGAAUUGUCAUCAUCGUGUGAAAGCCUACAUUCCGCGGCUUUGUUCUUGACUUUUGAUGUCGUCGAGAUGAUAGAGCUGCAUUACAAUAACGUUGUGUGACUAGAAUAGUUUCAUGUGACCAGAAUAAGUCGGUGUCCUGUGACAUUGACUAUAACGUCGUCCUUAGUCAGUCGGUAACGUUGAUAGCGAAUUGAUAACAACACAAUAUCAUCAUUUGAAUAGAAUGCUCUUUGAUCAUCUAGUAACGCGCCAUAUUGACGACUAUCGACUUUCCAACCUGUUUCUGGAAACUACGACGGUCUUGCCGAGAUUAGGGUCCCCCCACAAAACAAUUCAUCAACAUGUAUAAAACAAUUCCUUGAGACCGCUGAACAUCAAACAGAACGAAUUUUGUCGUCGUUUGAAGCGUUGUCUCGUACCAUGUUAGACUAAACAGUUUGUAUAGAAGAAAAAGAAGAACAGAAAUUAGAGUAUGGCACUAAACGGGCAAAAGGUGUAGGUAUCGCGUGUAGACAGCGUGUGGGCGUCGCGUGUGAGUACCGCUUGUGGGCAUCGCGUGUAAUUGCAUUAUUUGGAUUUGCAAGAUAUAAAUACUCUAGAGUGAUAUGAUAACCUACGUAGCUGGCGAAGUUGACUACUCCCUAUUCUUCACGCGGCUUCGCCGCUCUUUUCAGGCACUCAGGCGUGGAUCGGUUAAAGCACUCGUGCGCGAAAUGCCGCCAGUUACGCGGGCCACACCGUUUAUUGCAAAUGAAGUUAUCCAUGCUAGAAUUGAGUGACGCCGAGCUUAAUGGCAGGCGUUACGAAAAUGAGAAUUGUUUAAAUAGGAUUGAAAAACUUGUCAGCACAUUUUUAAAUAUAUAUAUGAAAGAGUUGAAUGUGUCCAAUGUGGAUUGAAAUAAAGGUGAACUGAAGUUGAAUCAA